UGUACAAACAUGCACGCAUUUUACUACUAUUUCCGACCUCUGGCCGUUUUAGGUAAAAUUUUCGGUGCCUUUCCCAUCGAGAACGUCCUCAGCUGCGACCCUCACAAGCUGCGCUACAAAAAGCUCAGCUUCACUUUCGUCUACAGCCUCUGCCUGCAGUACGGCCUGCUCGUGCUCAUCCAGUCCCUUUCUGGCUUCCAGUUCCAAGCGGACACCAUGCCGCUCAAACUCCUUAAAUACCUAGUGAUUUUCAUGGUAGUCCGAUCACUGUCCUCGUUCACCUUCAGCCUGUUCACUCACGCUCACAGGAUGCCCAGGUUGAUCCAGCUGUUGGACGCGUUCGAUGUGAAGAAGAAGGAUUUGUUGGCGCUGGGGAAUGAGUGGUGCUUGAGCACGAACGUGGCGGUUAGGAUUAUAUGCCCGAUGCUUUUUUUCGUGUUUUUCGCUUCGACAUACGCGUACGCUUCUAAGAAUCUGAUCAAGCAAAUCUACCCAGCUUCGCAGAGUCAAAAACCGUUCUUGUUUUCAGCUGCUGAUUAUUUCGGAGUUCUUUGUUCCUGGCACGUACUACCCUCGUUGUACUUCAUUAUUUUCAGUAGUAUAAUAUCAAAGAACUACAAACACAUCAACGAGACUCUAAUAGAGAAAAAAUGUACAGGAAAUUAUUAUAAAAUCGACGCCAUUCAAAAAAUAGACGGAACUAUGGAGGAUACUAUCGGGCAGAUGAGGGUACUGCACAAUAUGUUAUCCGAGGCAACAGUACAACUGAAUAAAUGCUACGGGAGCUUCAUGGCGAUUGAGAAGAUCUUCAUGUGUUCGGCAGUGGUGAUCAACGUAAGUUUAUACGUGAGCGAGAAUCACCAUUUCGUAGAGUUGAUCACAGUGACCACUUUGAACCUGGCGGUGUUUGUUAGUACGCUACUGGUAGCUUCCAAACUCAAAAAAAGGGGUGCCAAAGUAGCCAGGUUGUUUCAAGGAAUUCCACUAUCUACAUUGAGCGAAAAAAGCAGAAACGAGGUUCAGCUGUGGUUACUCCAACUUAGUGUCCACCCUGUACACGUAAAUGCAGCUGGUUAUUUUAUUUUGGACAAAACCCAAACGUUUGAGGUGCUUUCAUCAAUAGCUACAUAUUUAAUUGUAGCCGUUCAAUUGCUGGAAGAUCAAAAAACAACGGUAUAAUUAAUUUUCAUAGUAAAUUAUUAGCUAUUCAUUAUUAUUUUUUUAUAAAUUUUAAUUUUACUGCUUUGUAGUGUUAUUCGGACUUACCAAAUUUUCUUUCUCUACGUUUAUCUGUAGUAUAUUUAAAAAGAUAUUUAAAAGAUUUUAGGUUUAAUUAUUAAUUUAAAAAUUAAACGUUGAUUUUAGUGACAGUACAAGCUAGCAUUGAUUAAUAUGAUUAACACGAUUCCACAACACACCAUAUCUUAAUUGAUUAACAUUU